AUGUUGGACUAUCUAACUAAAUGUUUAAUGGACUUGGAGUCUAAAUACCCAAACUGCGGUCUUCUUGUACGUGACGAUUUCAAUCAUCUCAACAGCGCAAGGCUCAAAUCAAACCACAGGUAGCCCAAGCUUACUAUGAGAGCUCUGAACAACAUUAUCCUACUUAGCUAAUUAAUCAUUCAUACGACAACAGUUAUAAGACGUUGUAUGAAAUUAUCCUAUUUCUCCAUAAUUGAGCAAAACGUACAUUAAAUUUUUCCUUUUAGUAUUUUGUUACAUUUAUUUGUGCGUUGACUGCGUUUCAGGCCUCUUAGGAUGCCAAGAACCCGAAAACAACACUACCCAUCACGCUAAUUAAUUACUCAUACAGCAAGAAAAUUAUAAAACGUUGUAUGGAGAAAUAUUCUUUGCUCACUGAAUUAGCAAAAUGUACAUUGAAUAUCGCUUUGAAGCUCACCUUUAGCGUCUUCUCGCUUUUCUUUGUAUUCUGACUGCAUUUCAGACCUCCUAGGCACUGUCUGAUGCCUUUUUUUGAGCGACAGUUUUUCACCCAGAUGACAGCAGCAGAGAGAAGAGAAGAAAAGGUUGGCAAACCUCUCUUGACCGGCUCCGCUCUCGGCGGCGAUAAAUUCCGUAACAUUUGCGACAUGGAGACAAUUCCGCCAGAAACAGAUGUCCUGAUGAAUAACGCACAUUUUCCAUCAUUCACAUCGCCAAAAUUCCCAUUUCGAAGGUCCUAAAUCGCCAACGAAAUGGACAAUACACGGCCGUGGCUAGGCGAGUCGAGAGCAGACCCGCAACGGACUCCAACCAUCAAGUCGACAAUUUCAAACCGACGCGGGCUGGCAGGGUCAAAUUGUUCAACCGUCAAAGGACAAUUAGAGCAUUUAGCCUACUGGGCACAGUAACUGAUGUUGUUGCGAUGUGAAUGAUGGAAAAUGCACGUUGUUCAUUGUCUCCACGUCGCAAAUGUUACGGAAUUUAUCGCCGCCGAGAGCGGAGCCGGUCAAGAGAGGUUUGCCAACCUUUUCUUCUCUUCUCUCUGCUGCUGUCAUCUGGGUGAAAAACUGUCGCUUAAAAAAGGCAUAAGACAGUGCCUAGGAGGUCUGAAAUGCAGUCAGAAUACAAAGAAAAACAAGAAGACGCUAAAGGUGAGCUUCAAAGCGAUAUUCAAUGUACAUUUUGCUAAUUUAGUGAGCAAAGAAUAUUUCUCCAUACAGCGUCUUAUAAUUUUCUUGCUGUAUGAAUAAUUAAUUAGCGUGAUGGGUAGUGUUGUUCUCGGGUUCUUGGCAUCCUAAGAGGCCUGAAACGCAGUCAACACACAAAUAAAUGUAACAAAACACUAAAAAGAAAAAAUUAAUGUACGUUUCGCUCAAUUAUGGACAAAUAGGAUAAUUUUCAUACAACGUCUUAUAACCGUUGUCGUACAAAUAAUUAAUUAGCUAAGUAGGAUAAUGUUGUUCAGGGCUCUCAUAGUAACCUUGGGCUACCUGUGAUCAAACUUCAAUCUGAAGCGUAUUGCGCAUUUUCCUACUCAUGGGCAAAACACUCUCGACAAGAUUCUUACCAACCUUUAG